AUGUCGUCUACUAUUUCCUCUACACCAAGUGAUGGAGCUCAAGAGUCCGCGGACUGGGUAGACUCUCGCAAUCCUUCUCGCCAAACCUCAUACCACGAGGGUGAUGUGCCCGCCUUCUCGCCUCCGUCAAUUUGGUCACAAGUGCUAGCACCACCCGUCAACGGCUUUGGCCCAGUUCAGUCUUUGGAAAGCAUACAACCCGCUCUGAGUGCGCCGACUGUCCUAUCGAAUCCGUCUCCCCUUCCUUUCUAUCAGGGUUAUAACCCUCUUCUCUCUCCAGACCACGGAGACACCUUUGCCGUGUGCCAACAGGCUGCGUGGUGCAGCUACACCUCGGACGCGGCCAGCGUGGACCUGUACCACGACCCCAUCACAGCGCUACACAGGACCGACUCGACAUUGAGUGCUGAGGCAGUUGGAAGGAAUGCCCGAGCGUCGUUUCCUGUUGAUUUGCGCUCCAAAAGCCCUUGGAAAGCGGACCCGGAUCGUGCCUCCCGCAGUCGCUCCAUCGUUGGCGUCGUGACGCCUCCCACGGAUGCGGGCGUGAAGAAAUUACGCAAAUCCAUGCGUGGAAGCUCGUGCAGAAGAAACUCCAACCCUCUGGCCUCAUCGACGGCGAAUAUAAAGGCCGCCGCAGAUGCCCACACUCGCAGGUAUUCCCCUGCCAAGGAGGAAGUAAUGUCCAACGAUGAUGUGUUGAGCUCUGAAGAUGAAGACAGUCGCCACAGACCAAAGGGUGCGGGAAAGGAGCCUACUUUUGCCUGUCCUUUCUACCGGAGAUGGCCGACGCGUCAUUUUGAAUGUAUGAAUCGCAAGCUUACGCGCAUUCAAGAUGUCAAGCAGCACAUCUACAGACGGCAUUCAAAGCCGCCGCAUUACUGUCCGACUUGUGACAAAGUCUUCGUCUCGCCUGACCCUAGGGAUGACCACAUACGCCAGGCUUCCUGCAUCAAACCAGAGACGACAUCUUCCAAUCGCAGCAGCGACGGAAUCUCUGCGCAAGUUCAGGACUCUCUCAAGAAUCGCUUUAGCCGCAGGCUCAGCCCCGUUGAGCAGUGGUAUGGCAUAUGGAAUCUCGUGUUCCCGGGAGAAACACCGCCGCCGAAUGCCCACGUUGGAAAACCUGUCACAGAGAUGCUCAGCAUGCUCGAGGACUUUUGGAAAAACGAAGGCCAGCGCAUCCUUCCGAGUCUUUCGAAGCCGAGAUCUGGCCGGAACCUGGCGGAUGCAGACCUGCAGAUGCUUAUGUCACAGAUGCUGGACAAGGUCAAGGAUCACUUUGAAAAUAAACCCGGCCAAACAGGAGAGAGCGCCGCGGAUGGGACGGAGAGCCAAGCAGACCAGAUGAUUGACAGCUUGCCGGUGGAUGGUGAGUCAGGUACUUUUGCGGAAUAUGAACAAGCCAGUUAUGAGCCGAGUCCCUCCGAUGGCUGGGAUGCCAUCACCUACUCCCCGAAUGGCUCGCCAUGCAUCACCAUGGGUGGGCUCAUCGUCGAGCAGUGCGUGGACCUUGGUAGUUCAGGAAUGCUAGUUGAACAACAUCAACCUUAUGAGCAGUCGUGGGCUAUUCCCUCAAUGGAGAAUCCUCUUGUGAACCGGUUGCAAUGA